UCGCUUCGAGAUCGUGCAACGAUCGAUCUCCUUCAGCCAUGUGACUGUUGAUUGCAUCACCAGUACUUUUGAAGAAAUACGAUCAUCCGCUAGAAUUUCAAACAAUCCUUUGCAGCUCAUCACGUCUCGAAGUCUUUUCGAACUGUUCACGUCGCAACACCUAUUGCAGCGGUAUACUACAAACAGAGCUACGCCACCAAUCAUAAUUGCUGUUUCGAAUUCUUUGAGGAUAUGGACAAGAAGCAUCAGAGAUCCGACGAUAACGGCAUUUGGUCUUGUCACGAUCAACUUCGACCUCUGAAGCAUGUCAAACACGAACACUUUGGAGUCGAGAACCUUACGAAUUCGUCGAAAAUAUCGGAUUUAGAGCUGCACAACAGGCCAAUAGUCGAUCGAGGUCUCAUAUACUCUAAGCGCCUGGAGGCGAGUACUGUACGUAUCUUGGUACUCCACCACGGUUCUCCAUCCGACGAAAUCAAAUGCGAUCUGAAGCAGGAGGAAGACCUUGUACAAACAUCUCUUGUCGAGGUGUCACGAUAUGAGGCAUUAUCUUACGUUUGGGGUGAAGAGGAGAAUCCAGAUUACAUCGUCCUCGGCGAAUCCCGUUUUGCUGUUACCCGAAAUCUCUCAGAAGCCCUGAGGUACUUACGCUAUCCCGAUUCUGACAGGAUGCUCUGGGUUGAUGCGAUAUGUAUAAAUCAAUAUGAUAUUGAAGAGAAGGAAGCGCAGGUGACGUCAAUGCAUUGCAUUUACAAGUCCGCGAAACAAGUUAUUGCGUGGCUAGGACCGCCAGAUAAUGCUAGUAGUCAUGCCUUUUCCGCAAUGAGAGCACUGCAGAAACAAAAUAAGAAAGCGGUGUCUGCUACGAUUACAAUUCAACUCGACAAGGACGGAGCCUCUAAUGAGGAUAAUCCUUUCAGGGAACUGAUGGCUCGCCCAUAUUGGAGUCGCGCUUGGAUCGUGCAAGAGAUGAUGUUUGCUCGCUCCCUCGUUGUUCAGUGCGGCACUGAGGUGGUACCAUAUUCAGCACUCAUAGAAGCUCAUCCAAGCACUAAGCCGGCAUGUAUCCAGAUUGGUGGAAAUGAAAGCGGACCCGGGCGUAUCAACUUCCAAGGCGAUCCUGAGGUGAAGAUCCCGAGGAUCGGCACUCAACAGAUAAGCGCGAAUCGGUUCUUGGAUUGCUUCCUGGACAGACAAUGCAGCAAAAGGCAUGACAGUAUUUUCGCCUUUUUGAACUUACUCAGCGAUGACAUCAAGCGAGAAGUACGAGUCUGUUAUAAGACGGACAUUAGUGAACUCGUUCGCAACACAGCUCAAGCAAUCAUCAGGUCGACACAGAGCUUACAUAUCAUCGUCAUCAGAGGACGCCAGACGCCACCAAGUGCUCGAGAGCAGGAGUGGCAGCUACAUAUGCCAUAUUGGUGCCCUUACUUGGCCACUCCAUACGAGGCUUGUCCCAUAGAGCCGCGCAACAAGCCGACCUUCUUUUUGAAGAAAGAUGUCUGCUCUUUUGUGAACAGCAGGCUACGCGUAAGAGGUUCAGUUAUCGGUAGAGUUGCUCGGACGAUCUCACGAUACAUACCUCCCGAAACCCCAGUAACGGGUUGGUGGGACAAAGCAGGUGUUGAGCGGGAACUAAAGCACUAUGGAAAGUGCUUAGGUCUAGGCUUGAUUGGUAUACCAAACGAUAAGCAGAUGAUCUCGAUGUCUUUCAAAGCUACCACUCGCACUCUCCUUGCUGGUCAAGGCGACAUUUCCGAUGUUGGAAUAUUGUUAAGUGGGCAAGAGCCAGCAGAACUCCCGUUGCGCGAGAUCUGGAAUUACGGGGCUUAUCGGUCGGUAUGUUCGUUUCAGAUUAGCCGAACAGCGAUUGAGGCUCUCUAUUCGAGCAAGUCUACUCCAUCUGCUUCUGUCAAUCGUGUCGCUCUUAUUCCUCGCAAUGCUAGACGGGGAGAUGUCAUAUGCGCUAUCCUAGGAUGUGCAACGCCGGUUGUCCUUCGCAAGGUUGGAAAGCGCUAUCAUGUAUUGGGCGAGGCAUAUAUCGACACGACUGCAAUGGGCAAGUUUAGAGUAGCUAUCAGACUUAGGGACUUUAUACUUGAAUGAAAUCUCUUCGAGGGAUAUGCGUGUGCAAUCCCCUUAUCAGAUGACGUUUAAUUCAUGUGAGGAGCGAUACUAUGGGUGCAAGAUGUCUUAGAGACAGCUGCAUCGCUGAGGACUCUGAUUCUUGAGGUAGCCGCCGUCGUCUACGUGAGUGGCUAUAUAAAAGAAAGCAAGCUCCCUA